CGCUGCCCGUCGACGGGCUGGCAGCGUUUCAAACAACGCGUAGGAAGCUGGGGCCGCUCGAAGAGGUCGAGCAUGGAGAACUCCAGGUCGAUGACGUUGAGCGAACGUUCCAUGGCGAUGGACCCAUUCUGGGCUGCGCCGCAGAUGCACUCAAGGCCGAUGAUGUACGGCACAGGUCAACCGGGAACAGGCCCGGCGCCCAUUGCCCUGUCGGCCUCGUUCGAGCCGCGGAUGUCCGGUGCAGAUUACCAAGGACCAAACCUCGAAUCAGCCGCCGGGCCAGCGUCGUAUGGGCGGUCAGCGUCCGGGGUGGCUGCGAGCUCACUCAGUGGAACGUCGACUCUCACGACGGGGCCAACUUAUAUAGACAGCCGGCGCACUUCGACAGCCGUUGCCCCUAGCACGAAGACAAAUGUAGGUGAGAAGUACUCGGAUGAGACGGAACGUGAAAAGCCAUACGGCAUCUGGUUGCCGAUGUUCACAUGUAUGCUCGUCCUCGUCGUGCUGAUCUUCCUGACGACGUACCUUGUCUCCUCUGGGUCUGAUUACGGAACUCCAGCAGCUCAUGCUCAUCGGUCUCGACGGACUGCCAGUACGCCAGUGGUGGAAGUAAAUGAAGGGCCGCCACCGUCCUCCUAUCAGUUGCCUCCAGCGGGUUACGAGGGCGGCCCAUGCAACGCCUCUGUCCCUUGCCUGGGCCACGGACACUGCAAGCGGGGCAUCUGCCGCUGUAUCGGGCCGCACUUGGCCGUCGCAGAGGGCGUCUGCAUGCCGACAACGACUCGUCGAACCACCACUAAGCGCCCGCGGAUAUCUCGCACCACGGCAAAUGGACGCAUGCCUGCUCGGACUACCUCUACUCAGCGGCCCAGAAGGACAGCAACAACAAGUAGCCAUGGAAGCCCCACAACCACGACUCUGCCUCCAUUCGCUGUGUUCACCCAUCGGCGUACAGUUAACGUCCCUAUGCGUGCCGCAAAGACUACGGCGGGACACCCCGUGGAACGCAUUGCGGAGGAGCUCACCAACAGCAGUGCCAUUGAAGAACCAGCCACGAAUGACUUCAUGGAGCGUUCCUCCGAUCAAGCAACUGAUUGGACAACUGAUGGGGCUGUUUAGAAGUCCCCGUUGCAGGCUUCAGAAAUCGUCGCACCCUAACUCUUACUGGCCCACAGUGCGAGCUACGGAGAGAAGCAUCGCGUGCGAGCUGAAUAAAGGCAUGUACGAAUGUUUCA